CUCCCUCUCCCUCUCUCUCCGGCUCGGCUGGCUCUCUCCAUCUGCCUAGCUCCUUGGGACCCGUUCCCCAGCCUCAGGAUGGCGUCCUCCCUGCUUGAGGAGGAAGCUCACUAUGGCUCCAGUCCCUUGGCCAUGCUGACAGCGGCGUGCAGCAAAUUUGGUGGCACCAGCCCUCUGCGGGACUCAACGACACUGGGCAAAGCAGGCGCAAAGAAGCCAUACUCUGUGGGCAGUGACCUUUCAGCCCCCAAAACCAUGGGGGAUGCCUACCCAGCCCCCUUUUCAAGCACCAAUGGGCUCCUCUCACCUGCAGGCAGUCCUCCGGCACCCACCUCGGGCUAUGCCAAUGACUACCCUCCCUUUUCCCACUCAUUCCCUGGGCCCACGGGCACCCAGGACCCUGGGCUGCUAGUUCCCAAGGGCCACAGCUCUUCUGACUGCCUGCCCAGUGUCUACACCUCUCUGGACAUGGCACACCCCUACGGCUCCUGGUACAAGGCAGGCAUCCACGCAGGCAUCUCACCGGGCCCAGGCAACGCUCCUACUCCUUGGUGGGACAUGCAUCCUGGGGGCAAUUGGCUAGGUGGUGGGCAGGGUCAGGGUGAUGGGCUGCAAGGGACACUGCCCACAGGCCCUGCUCAGCCUCCACUGAACCCCCAGCUGCCCACCUACCCAUCCGACUUUGCCCCCCUUAAUCCAGCUCCCUAUCCAGCUCCCCACCUCCUGCAACCAGGGCCCCAGCACGUCUUGCCCCAAGAUGUCUAUAAACCCAAAGCAGUGAGCAACAGCGGGCAGCUGGAGGGGAGCAGUGGGGCCAAACCCCCUCGGGGCGCAGGCACAGGGGGCAGUGGCGGAUACGGAGGCAGCGGAACGGGGCGCUCCUCCUGCGACUGCCCCAACUGCCAGGAGCUAGAGCGCCUGGGGGCAGCGGCAGCUGGGCUGCGGAAGAAGCCCAUCCACAGCUGCCACAUCCCCGGUUGUGGCAAGGUGUACGGCAAGGCCUCACACCUGAAGGCCCACUUGCGCUGGCACACGGGCGAGAGGCCCUUCGUCUGCAACUGGCUCUUCUGCGGCAAGAGGUUCACCCGUUCGGACGAGCUGGAGCGCCACGUGCGCACCCACACCCGGGAGAAGAAGUUCACCUGCCUGCUCUGCUCCAAGCGCUUUACCCGAAGCGACCACCUGAGCAAGCACCAGCGUACCCACGGCGAGCCCGGCCCAGGGCCCCCUCCCAGCGGCCCCAAGGAACUGGGGGAGGGCCGCAGUGCGGGGGAAGAGGAGGCCAGUCAGACGCCCCGACCUUCGGCUUCGCCGGCCCCCCCAGAGAAAGCCCCUGAAGGCAGCCCAGAGCAGAGCAACCUGCUGGAGAUCUGAGCUGGGUGGAGGGUCUCCAGCCCCAGGGCUGCCUCGCCAGCCUCUUCUGGCUUCGUGGACCACUGCUUGUCCCUCACCCCCUUUUGCCCCUUGCAUGCUGCCCUUGGGGCUCUUGCCGGCUCCCCCCUGGCCAUUCUGGGCCUGGGGGUCUCCCAGCAUGCCUCCUCAGCUCACUCCUCCCUAUGCCUCGAGCCUGUAGUGCAAACUCUCAUCUCAGGCCCUCACCUCGUGCCUGAUUUCUGCACUCUGGCUUCCUAAGUUCUUCCCUCGCUUCUGCUCACGGCUUCCCUCUCCUCUGCUCUCACAGCAUCAUCUCAUUUUCCUUCCAUCUGGGCUCUCAACGCUUUAUCUCUCCAUCUCACUAACUCCUUAACAAAAUCCUUUGUCAAGAUCAGCUUCCCAGGCUGAUUUCCCACUAUCACUUAGCUUCCAGGCUCCAGUCUUCCCGAUUUCUUAUUCCACUAGCUUUCCAUGCUCCAGAGCGUUCUUUUUUGUUUG